UGGCGAGGAGGAUGCAGAGAGACUCUGCUUUUAGCCUUUUACUAGCACUGAAGCUCCAGUCAGGCCACCACCACCGAGGAAGAGAGAAAAAGGCAGACCACGCUAUCAGGCUAGUGGGCUAACCUCAGACCAUCAGUCUGCUGCGUAACAGAGCAUCACAAACCCAGCACUCCCCAUCAGCACACUUUCAUCACCCGGGCUCUGCUAAGUGGGCCCCCUCUCAUCUCCAGCCCUGGUCGGUGAAGACCGACUGCAGCGAGGGCUCCACGCUCAUCCUGUCCUCCUUGUCAUGGCAUCCAACAGCAUCUUUGACUCCUUCUCCAGCUACAGCAACAGUCUACUAAGAGAGCCGCCCACUACCAGACGGUUCACACCGCCCUCAACGUCCUUCCCCUGCAGUAAGAUUGGAGACGGCAACGGGGCCAUGGCCACCCCGGGGCCCCUUAGGUCAAGACCGGACCCCAGGAACGUGGUGGACGUCUUGGCGGACCACGCUGGCGAGCUGGUUCGAACAGACAGCCCCAACUUCCUCUGCUCCGUCCUUCCGUCUCACUGGCGGUGCAACAAGACGCUCCCCGUGGCUUUUAAGGUUGUGGCUCUCGGUGAUGUUCCCGACGGGACCCUGGUCACCGUUAUGGCUGGGAACGAUGAGAACUAUUCGGCCGAGUUGAGAAACGCCUCUGCCGUAAUGAAGAACCAGGUGGCUCGCUUUAACGACCUUCGCUUCGUGGGCAGGAGCGGACGAGGAAAGAGCUUCACUCUGACCAUCACCGUGUUCACCGGACCGCCACAAGUGGCCACCUACCACCGCGCGAUCAAAGUCACCGUGGAUGGACCCCGGGAACCACGCAGGCACAGAGUGAAGCUAGAAGACCCUCAGAAGAUGCAGUUCUCCGACAGGCUGUCAGAGAUUGAGCGCUACCAGCGGACUAUGCGGAUAGGCCCAGUGAACAAUAAUCCACGCCCCAUUCACCAACCUCAUCUCAGCACCACACAAGCCCUGUGGCAGGAGCAGAUGGAAACCCCUGCUCUGAAGACCUGCAAGGUGGAGGAGGACCUCAGACCAUGGGCGGGGACUACAGAUCUGUUCCAACAGAGGACCACCUUCCCGUCUCUGUCACCGCUGACUGACCCUCGCUUCUCAGACCCCCGAAUGCACUACCCGGGGGCUUUCCCUUACUCUGCCAACACGUCCAGCACGGGCAUCAGCGGCCUUAGCAUGUCUGCCUCUUCUCGAUACCACACCUACCUGCCACCACCAUACUCAAACAACCAGUCCCAAAACUUCCAGUCCAACUCUUACCUGUAUUAUGGCACAGGCUCUGGAUCCUAUCAGUUCUCCAUGGUGGCACCGGGGAACACAGGGGGUGAACGCUCCCCCACCCGCCUGCUGUCCUGCUCGGGGGCCACGGGAGCUGGAGGGACCAACAGCCUGAUGAACCCAGGCCUGAACACCCAGAGUGAUGGAGUGGAGGCCGACGGCAGCCACAGCAACUCACCAACAGCCAUCGGUGCUUCUGGUCGCUUGGAUGAGUCCGUCUGGAGGCCAUACUGACUGGCAGAGAGCUAGAAAAAAGAGAGAUCAGUAGAAAAGAGAGGGGGGGACAAGUGAAGAGAAUAUUGAACAAAAAAGCUGAACACUGAAAAAAAAAGAAAAAAAGAGAAAUGUUGCAUGUUUGUUUUUUUUUUUUUUUUAUUUCUCUAGGAUUCGCUUUAAAGACUUUUUGCUUUUACAAACUUCGAAGACUUUUACGCAUUUUUGUCAUUUUUGAAUGAACUCUGCACUGCGCUGAAACACGUGCUCUGAAAAUCCUUUAAAAGCCAUAAGAGUUAAGGAGAUGUUCAGCGGAGACUGUAAAUAGAGGUGAGAAGCCAUAGCAGCGCUUCAGGAUCAUCUGUCUGGUGUAGUGAGGUAUGCAUCUAAGACAAAUGAACAGUACUGAGUAGAAGUAUGAUCAGUUAGUGCAGUUUAUGAAACAGACAUUUAUCAAAUACUGUUCAGACUGAUCACUUGGCUGGUGAAGAGGAGAAGUCAGACUGGAUGUUUGCUCCAUGAGUGACUCUUUGCAAGGCUUGGCUUGACUGCUGUAGCAAUCGGUCCUUUUAAGCUUUCAUUUCUGUAAAAUUUGAAUACUGCAAUGAUGCUGCAUCAGCUGUGGAAACAUCACCAUCUGCAUCCAAGACUGUUUCAUAUUAAAAAAAUGCAGUUCCUCAUUGUCUAAUUUAUUAUCCAAAUGGACACAGUAGCCUUUGAUGCUACAUUAUGCAGUGAAUGUCUCAAUUAAAUUGCUGCAUUAUUACAAAAAAAAAAAAAA